GGCGGGCUUACGGAGGAGGCUGUAACUGUGCUCAUGGCUCCCGGACCGCCAGUGCAAUAGAUAACAUGAAUGAUAAGAAAUGCACGGCCUCGUGCAUUCUUAAAAUACAUAUACAUUCGAUUUAACGCACAUAUACCACCCUUUAAAAACGUAGCUUUUGUUAAAAGCGAGCUAUAUGGAUGUGCAGGUUACAGAGCGCUGCAGCAUCAACUCUGCGCCAAAAACAAACAGCCCGCAGAAUGCAGCAGAAAAUGCACCAAAGAAGAAGAAAUCUCGAAGGGGCAAGAGAGGGAAACGACGGAGGGGCAAGAAGGCAAACGAGCCUCCGCCGUUUUUACCACCGGAGGCUGAAGAGGGAAACAUUGAAUACAAGCUGAAGCUGGUUAACCCCACACAGUAUCGGUUCGAGCAUCUGGCCACACAGUUGAAAUGGCGACUCCAGGAGGGCCGUGGGGAGGCUGUGUAUCAGAUCGGGGUGGAGGAUAAUGGUCUGCUGGUUGGACUGACAGAAGAAGAUAUGAAAACAUCAUUGAAGACCCUUCGCAGGAUGGCUGAGAGGGUGGGAGCUGAUAUCACACUUCUGAGAGAGAGGGAAGUCGAGUGUGAUCGGGCUCGACGAAAAAUCGCAGAAGUUCUGGUGCGGAAAGUUCCAGAUGACCAACAGUUCCUGGAUCUUCGUGUGGCUGUUCUGGGUAACGUGGACUCAGGAAAGUCGACUCUGCUGGGCGUGUUGACUCAGGGAGAGCUUGAUAACGGGCGAGGCAGGGCGAGACUUAACCUCUUCAGACACUUGCAUGAGAUUCAAACCGGACGGACGUCCAGCAUCAGUUUCGAGAUCCUUGGCUUCAACAGCAAAGGAGAGGUUGUUAACUACAGCGAUUCCCGUACAGCAGAGGAAAUAUGUGAAAGCUCUUCUAAGAUGAUCACAUUUAUCGAUCUGGCCGGUCAUUACAAGUACCUGAAAACCACCAUAUUUGGCCUUACAAGUUACUGCCCGGACUUUGCCAUGCUGGUUGUAGGGGCCAACACAGGCAUUGCCGGCACAACACGGGAGCACCUGGGUUUGGCCAUGGCCCUAAAAGUGCCCAUAUUCAUUGUAGUGAGUAAGGUGGACCUGUGUGCCAAAAGCACCGUGGAGAAAACCGUCCGUCAGCUGGAGAGAGUUCUCAAACAGCCCGGCUGCAACAAGGUCCCAAUGGUGGUGGCCAACCCUGAUGAUGCGGUGACCGCCGCACAGCAGUUCGCACAAUCAUCCAGUAUUACGCCCAUCUUCACCCUCUCCAGUGUAUCUGGAGAGAAUCUGGAUCUUCUGAAGGUCUUUUUCAACAUAUUGCCUCCUCUAAGCAACAGCAAGGAGCAAGAGGAACUCAUGCAGCAGCUGACAGAAUUCCAGGUGGAUGAGAUUUACAGUGUUCCUGAUGUGGGGACUGUAGUUGGUGGGACACUAUACAGCGGCGUAUGUCGUGAAGGAGAUCGGUUAGUUGUGGGCCCUACGGACGAUGGGAAGUUCUUGAGGUUGAAGGUGUGCAGCAUUCACAGAAAUCGCUCUGGAUGCCGCGUGCUGAGAGCCGGACAGGCGGCUACGCUUGCGCUGGGAAACUUCGAUCGCUCAUUACUACGAAAGGGCAUGGUAAUGGUGAGUCCUAAGAUGAACCCUACCAUCUGCUGGCAGUUUGAAGCCGCCAUCGUCCUCCUGUUUCAUGCCAAGACGUUCCGCCGUGGUUUCCAGGUCACGGUGCACGUGGGGAAUGUGAGGCAGACCGCCACGGUGGAGUGCCUGCUUGGCAAGGAGGAGCUGCGGACAGGAGAAAGAGCCGUAGUGUCUUUCCGAUUCUUAAAGCACCCCGAGUAUCUGCGCGUAGGAGCCAAGCUGCUCUUUAGAGAGGGUGUCACCAAAGGCAUUGGACACGUGACGCACCUUCUGCCGUCCACUCAGAACCAAGUGCCUGACCAGAACCGCAACCAGAACCACAGUUAGAUACAUAGAGACCCACAGGAAGUGACAUCAAAAACAUUCGUUUCCAUCAUGCAGUCAUUUCCUUUACCUGCCUUUGCCUACUAAUUCUGUCGUGCACCUUUUAUUCUUUCACUCAUAUUAGCAACAGGCUGCUUUGUGCUACUUUAAUCAUAGAUUUGCCUGUUGUUUUGGAACCUUUUGUAGGUUUGUGGUGUAAUGGUUUCUCUGUAAAGUGUGUCUGGUGGGGGAAAGAGUUUGAAAAGUUUUUUACAUUUCUACUUGUGUGUGCGUGUGUGUGUGCUUCCAAUAUUGUGGUAAUUGGAUGACCUUGAGAAGGCAUGUGGGGUUUGGAGUCGCUAAGCUGUGGUCUAAACUGGGUGUCUGUUAUAACUCCUUUCUGCAUUAUAGAUAUGAGAAUGCAAUGGUAGCAUCUAUCUGAUUGGAAAAUAUGUAAUUGUCCAUUUUGGUUUCUCAGAUCCUCAGCAGUAUUCAACAUUACACAUUACCCCCUCUUAAAGGUCCAGUGUAGGAAAUUUAGCAGCAUCUAGUGGCUCACUCCACCGCUCGCCCCUCCCUUUCGAAGCACUACGGUGGCCGACACAGAACUAAGAUGUCGUCACGUUUUCGCUUCUUUGCCGAAAGAGAUAACAUAUUUAUGAAACGCACUCUGUAGAGCAGUUUGUCCGUUUAGGGCUACUGUAGAAACAACAUGGCGAAUUCCAUUUAAGGGGACCCGCGGUGUGUGUAGAUAGAAAUAGCUCAUUCUAAGAUAAUACAAACACAACUCUUCCUUAUGGAAGGUCUUUAAACACAUCUGAAGACAUAGUUAUGUAUCUUAUAUUGCAUUUUUGUCAAUAGAUCCUCCAAAAAAAUGACACACUGGACCUUUAAAAUAAAAGUGUUAAAUAAUGCCGUAGAACCUUUCUUGGAUGUAUGGUUCGAUAAAGAACUUUCCACAUCUGCAGAUCCUUUCUCGUUCUUUAAAGUUGAUUUAUAGUGCUAAAAAGGCCAUUAAAAAUGUAAGAAAGAAAUUUUCAAUAACCUUUAGAGAACCAAAAAUGUUUCUUCUAUGGCAUCGCUGUAAAUUACCUCUUUUAAAACUUUUAUUUUUAGGAGUGGAGUAGAUUUGGCGCACCCUUUAGACUUGUAGCGAGACAUGAGCAGCUUGAAUUUCUGUGAAAUUUUAAAAUCAUUUUUAGUCAUUUUGUUUCAUUCUUAAAUCACAUUUGCAAAUUGCAGCAAUUUAUGUAAGAAUGGUUUCAUGCACAUUUGACACAAAUUUGCUGUUUUCCAUUAAUGACGACCAUUCAGGGCUGGACUGGGAAGAAAAAUCGACCCUAGCAUUUUUAGGCCAACAUCGGCCCUCCACCUAAUCUGUCAACGGGAGGGGGGGACGUUAUAAUACGUCCGUCUAAGCGGCCAACGCCUCCGUUCCGGCCCCAUACGUUAGCGGCCCACCGGGAAAACGCCCGGUAAGCCAGAUGGCCAAUCCGCCCCUGCGACCAUUGAUCAGCUCAUUUGUUGGUGUCAUGAAACAUCGCACCAACUUUCUUUAGCACAAAUCAGGCUUAAUGUGCCACGUUACACAUUAUAAUGACGCAAAUAUUUUGCACACAUUGUGUGCUUGUUUGUAUGGAAGGUUGUAUUACAGGGUUCGAGUGAAAACACUUGGCAGCUUUGUGCAACCAGCGUCUGUUGUGAGAUACCACGCAAGCACAGGAAGCAAGAUAACAAUUGUGUCGUUUUGUUCACCCAUGCUUUUCUAUUCGAGAUAUUGUGCAAUUAUUAAAAACAUUGAAUGUAUUGAUCAUGGAUCUAAAUGUAACGAUUACUAACUAACAAUGUGUCAUCUGUAAAAGCCUAUUUUAUUCAACAUCGUCCUAGUAUAUGCUUUAGACUUUAUUCACCAGAGAACAAACUUCAGAGUAAAUUGUUCGUCAGAACCAUUGUUGCGUAAAUUUUAUGGUUUUACGAACAAUUUCAUUUGUUCUCUGGUUUCAUUAAUGGAUCUCUUCUCACAGUAAUGUCAACAGUGCAUGUUGUGCUUACACAAAUAACAGUUAACAUUGUCUGAAGUGCAGCCGGUUGGCUAUAUUAAUGUUGGGAUGUAUCUUCAUGUAGGCUACUUCCUGAAAAGGUGAAGCCUGCGAACAAGAUCAGACAUCUAUUGCUUUGGUGUAUUAGUAAUAAAGAAUUAACGUUUGAUUGUGGAA